AUGGAGCAGUUCAAUAAUGCCUGCCUGCCCUGGGUCCUCCAUGGCAGUCCCACCCAGGGCCACCCCAAGGCUAGAUGCUCCGACGCGACUCGAGCAGGCCACACUAUCUUUCGGACAAAGCGACGCGGUCCUCACAGGCGGGAAGGAGAGUGCGUCCCGGUCGGGAAGGACGCCGCCGGAGAGCUGCCUGCCCACGUGACGCCCGCGGCGACCUUGGGGGUCACCCUUGCGGACGCACCGCCCUCUCCCUCACAUCCGCCGCCGCGCCCGCCCCUCGCUCUACCACCGCCAAUGGCGCGUCGCUCCGCGCCCCGCGCGACCUGGGAGCGCGCUCGUACCCGCCAAUCUCCGCCCGCCAGGCGGGCCCCGCGGCGCCAUUGGCUACCACGGCCAUCCAUUAGGUCCCGUCCCUCCUACCACCCUCCGUCAGCCCCACUCCAUCCAGCUCCACUCCCCUGUCACCGCGGCACCCGCAGCACCAAGGGCGCGGCGGCCUCGCCCUUUACCGCGAUCUCCAACCCCGGGCCGCCAAGCGCCGCGCUACCCAGCACUGAGACGGGCGCAGCGACAGCGCAAGGUUACCUGUCUCCGGCUCAGCUCCACCCGAAUGAGGCGCCGACACCCCACUCCGGGGCUCUAAACUCUCGGCCCCGCCCUGGCGUAUGGCGUCAACACGUAGCCCUCCCCUGGAGAAGAAGGCCCUCCCCUCUUACAGUGAACCGAUUCGUGACGUCACAGAGCCGCGCCGGACGUCACAGCGCCGACUACGCAGUUGCGGAAGCUUGGGCCGGCGGGAGCGCAGUUGUUUGCUCCGCUAGAGCGAUGAGAUUGAGUGUAUGGACUUCCAGCGGCUUCUACGAUCAUAACACAGAAAACACUCGAGAGCCCGCGCUGAGAACCCAAAAGGCACGCUUCAGGCCAUCGUAGCCACCAAGCCUGGCC